UCUAACAACACUACGAAAACCGAAAAUCCUGGUAUAUCCAUAAAAUCAAUCAAGCCAGCGACGUAUGACAACAUACAUCAUCGCCAUGUGUAGCUCGAACAUAGCCUCAAUUGACUGCUAUCAUUCCCGGGUCAGACGGUGCGUCCAAUCCGCUUACUGGGAUAUGUCCGAUCACAGAUUUACAGCGAAGUCGAUCAUUUUGGCUCUCUUUGGAAACAAAACGCGUGAUAAUCAUGUCAAAGGAUCGUAAUUGCCUGCCAAAGCAAAGUGGUACAAUUGUUGGAGCCUAAUCAACUGCGAGGAAUUGAGAUAUAUAAAAGUCCCUCAACAAGCACUCACAAUGGAGCCAUUCAACAACUUCGUCAAAGACCUUUGAGAAUAUCUCAGAAUAUACCUGUUUCAAAGGAACAACGAUGCUCACUUACAUCUACCAAUUCCUCGGAUUUACAGCCCUCGGCAUUGCAACCACCCACCACCCAAAAUGCAAAGCCAUCCCCGGAACAAACAGCUGGCCCAGCCAAGCUGAAUGGUCACACCUCAACACUUCUCUCUCAGGACGUCUCCUCCAGCCUUCUCCACCAGGAGCAGUCUGUCAUCCUACACAAGCAACUUUCGACCCUCUCUCUUGUGUGGCUGUUGCAGCUGGGUGGUUGACUACCCAAUGGCAUACCGAUAACCCGGUCAGCACUAUUGAGAAUAACUGGAAUAAUGACACUUGUCUCCCGGUUCCGACUUUGCCGUGUAGUGGGAAGGGAUACCCGGUAUAUGUGGUCAAUGCGACGUGUGCGGAGGAUGUGAAGAAGGGCGUAGAUUUUGCAAGGGAGAAUCAUGUCAGGUUGGUAGUGAAGGGGACGGGACAUGAUUAUUUGGGCAGGUCCGUGGCGCCGAAAUCUCUCUCAAUAUGGACACAUUAUAUGAGAGGACUUGAGUUUUAUGAUGGAUUCAAGCCCAAAGGGUGCAGAAAGAGUAUCGAUGGAGCAGCCAUCACAGCAGCAGCUGAUACCCAAAUGCUUGAGCUUGACGAACAGGCGCAUCUCAAAAAUUUGACCAUCGUGUCUGGUGGAGCUGGCACCGUUGGCGUCGGAGGCUAUCUCACUGGAGGUGGUCAGGGUGCGUUGAGUUCGACAUAUGGCUUGGGUGCUGACCAAGUCUUGGAGAUGGAAAUAGUGACACCUGGGGGUGACAUUUUGACUAUAAACGAAUGUCAGAACAGAGACCUGUUUUGGGCGAUGAGAGGGGGAGGCGGCUCGACCUUUGGAGUUAUCACAUCCGUCACCAUCCGAGCAUAUCCAUCAACGGAACUUCACGUCGCGAGCUUUCUCCUCGGCACUGGUCCUGGAACAGAAGAAUACUGGGACGUCAUGGCAGAUAUACUCUCUCAAUAUCCCGCCCUAGAUGAACAAGGUCUUUCAGGCUACGCUUACAUCGCGCACAACGUUGUGAGCGCGGAGAUGAACAUCACAAGUGCCGCCGAUGGCUUCGCAGGCGCCUUCUUCCUCCCUGCGUUCCAUUCAUCCAACACCUCCCUGUCGCUGGAAACGGUGCUGAAAACUCUCUUCGCAGAUGCCACGGCCGCGUAUCCGGGAAAAUUCAUGUCUACUGUUACUGUGAAGACCUUCCCGGAUUUCUGGGCUUGGUAUAAAGACAAUAAUGGUCCUCUGGAUGCGGGACACAAUGAAGUCCUUGGAUCAAGGCUUAUUGAUGGAGCCACUUUGACGGGUAAUCGAACUGCGUUGAAGCAAGGGUAUAGAGCUGCAACUCCACCAGGAGGGCUUACCAGUGUGUUUCUCGUUGGUGGAAAAGGGACAAGAAAUGCGAAGCCGAGAGGGGGAGGCAAUAGUGUCAAUCCAGCUUGGAGGAAGGCAUAUAUUCAUUCUGUGAUUGGGGCAAGCUGGAAUCCACUCGAUUCAGCGGAGGAGGCCAAGCAGAAAGCUUUGCUCACAGAUGUGUAUGUAGAGGGAUUGAGGAAAAUGGCACCAGAUUCUGGAGCUUAUAUGAACGAGGCAAGUCUUCCAUCCCACGCUUUGAAAUAUAUUAGACUGAAAUUGACGAUCGUUCAGGCAUACCCAGAUGAGCCAGACUUCCAGCAUGCUUUCUGGGGAGAGAACUAUGAGCGCUUGCUCGCCAUCAAGAAGAAGGUAGAUCCCCAGGAUGUUCUUUGGUGCCAUCCAUGUGUUGGUAAUGAAGGAUGGGAAUUGGUCGACGGAGUGCUUUGCAAGAAGUAGAAGAAACAGGGGAACAGUACCCUGGGCGCAUAGUAACAAAGUAAUUCAUGUGUCGUAACUCGUCAAUCCUGCGCUUGUGAUAUAUCCCAGUCGCUCAAAGUAUUCGACGAUAACAGAAAUAGGAAUGACCACUUAAGAGUGGAUCUUCGGGCAGUGUCCAACCUCACAGUUCCUCCUCCUCUGCAUCGCCCCCGUCUUCCCCUUACAUAUCCUAUACCCCUCCACAAAGAAAUGCCGCCUCAUAUGUUUAUACCACUCAUUCGGGACCAUCGGCUCAAUCCACUUCUGCUCAUACUCCCAACAUAUCCAGCACCCUAAUAAUUCCCUCUCCCCUUCCACCGGCCCAUCCUUCUCCUUAUCCACAGCAACAUGCGAUUCCCAUCUGAAAUUUACACUGGGGUCUAUCCAAUCCAACCAACCCUGCUUGUAGACUGGCGGUAUCUCGUCGCCGCAAACGAACGAACAUGCUUUGCAGGGUGCAAAGUAUUGCGCUGAUGGCAUGCCGCCGCCUGGUAUGCGGUUGUCUAGUCUUUCGCGGAAGGCAAGUUCGCAGAAACCUGGAUUGGGAGGGAGACUCGAGGUGUCGUAGGGUGGAGGCGCUUCUUCUGAAGUUGGUUGUGUGGCAGAGAGUGUGGGCGAUACUUCUACUGCUUUUGCAGCUGGAGAUGCCAUCUCGGGCAAGAGGUCGGGCUUUCGCCUGUUAAGUACGCUCAAUGCUCCAAAGUAUACCUCGGCGUGAUUGUUUUGGUUGAAGAGUGAACACGCGAGUCGUUCUUUAGAAGAUAUGGGUGCGGGCAAUUGGGGGUCGUAUUCAGGUUAUAUCGUAGGAAGAGCUCGCGGAGGAUGUGCGAAGACUGCUCAUAUCCAAGUAUUUCCUGCUCGAUAGGCAAGAUUUCAUUGUUGGUGGCGGGGUUGGAGGGGCGAUG